CGAGUGUUAUAUCUCAUCGAUUGAUAUUGUUUCUUCAUGUGAUUUUGGGAUUCGAUUUUGGCAAAACGAUUCGAUUUUGAGAUUUGAUUUUGAUUUGGACAUGUGAAAGUUUGUGAUUUUCGGUUUCGAUUUGAACAUGCAAUUCGGUUUUGAUGUUUAGUUUGGUUUUAAUUUUCAUAUUAUCAGUUUAGUUCAUCGAAUCUCUUCGAUUCGAAUCUCUUUUCACAUGCAUGUCCGCGUUAACACAUUAUUCGAUUAUGGGUUUGUUCGGUUUAGAUUUUGAAUAUGAUUGUGGGUUCCGAUUUGAUUUUGGAUUUGUUUAUCAGUUUCAGAAAUGGCAAAAACAAGAGGAGGAGGACAAGUUGGUUCUCAUCGGAGUAGACGUAAUCAAGGCUUGGAUGUAGUAGAUCCAACACUAACAGUGAAGAAAAGAACAACAAAGAAAGUGGCUGCCCCAACAAAGGCUUUAGUUCUAACGCCAACGAGAAGAAGUAGUAGAAUCAAGAAAGUGGCUGCUCAAGAUGACGAGGUAGAAGAUGAGCUAGAAGAUGUUACACCAGAAUAUAUUCCGCGAGAUGAUGAGCUAGAAGAUGUUACACCAGAAUAUAUUCCGCGAGAUGAUGAGGUAGAAGAUGUAACACCGGAAGAUGUAACACCAGUGGCUGAUCAAGCUGAGAAGGCAAGGUCUGAAGAUGAUAAAGAAGAAGGAGAAGCUUGUUUGAAAGGACAGGAACAGAAAGAGGAUGAUGGAGAACCUGCUAAUAUGGUAGAAGAUGAAGUUCUCAAUGAGGAAGGGAACGAAGAAGUCAGAAAUGCUCAAGAUGAUGAGAUUCCUAGUAACGAAGGAGUUGAGCUACCAGGGGAAGAAGUGAAAGAAAAAAAUAGAAGAGGACCAACAAAGAUGCGUAGAGUGGCUGGAAAUCCUAAUGAAAAGGUUGCGGUCACAUUCACUGACUUUGGUGAGCAUGUUGGACCUGGUUCAGUAACACUAUCAUCUUUUCUUGGUCCUCUUGUGAGGGAACAUGUUCCGGUAACACUUUCUGAUUGGAGAAGACUUGAUGCAGUGACUAAAGCAACAAUGUGGGAAGAAAUUCAGGGGAGGUUUAACUUGCAAGAAGAGUGGCAUAAAGCUGUUAUUUUCAAGCAGUUGGGAAGCUUGUGGAGGGCUGGGAAGUCAAGGCUAGUGUCACAAGUACGGGCAGCGAAGACUGCUGCUGAGAGAUUAAAAUUAAAACCCAGGAACGUCCCAUCUAUACAAGUGUGGAACACUUGGGUUAGGAGCAAGACUACCUCAAGUUUCACGGAAAUAAGUAAUAGGUACCGAGAGCUUAGAAAAAAUCAGAUUCCUCAUACCACCAGCCGCAAAGGAAUGAUUCGUUUAGCUUAUGAUAUGAAUAAUUAA